AUGAGUGGUGAUGGGCCUAUUCUGCUUGACCACGUCAUGCGUGUGGCACGGCGCUACGUUUCUGGUGAGGCACCAGAACCAUCAAUAGCAACAACGGUGUCACCGGCGGUCCCUGUGAGUGCUGUGGUGGACGGAAAGGUGCUGGCGGAGAACGCAGAGUUGCGCUGCGCCCUGGAAGAUCUGCGCCAGCAGGCUCAGCAGUGCCAGCGAGACUUGGAGACGCGCACGCAGCAGUUGGACCUCCGAAAGCAGGAGGUGCAAGCUCUACAGAACAAGCUCCGUGUUGUGCAUGUCGAGGCUAAGAGGCGUGGGUAUAACUUCCAUGAUUUGUCGGACCGUGUAAGCAGCAGAAGCAGUGAUACUAGAAAAACGUACGACUCAGAUAAGCAUCAUGGAGGCCGUGACUCAACGCCACCGCGGAGUUCGAGAAGCGGUUGUAGCGGCAGCGGUACAGGAGAAUACGUGCGGCCGCCGCUCCCCCCGCUACGGGUGGAUAUGGCGGCAUCAGGCAGUAUUGCCCCUAUAACAGCAUCGAUUAUACCAGCAGCAGCAGCAGCAGCAUCGUCGCCAACACCUCCACCGCUGCCACCAUUAUUUCAGCAGGCAUAUGUGCAGAACAUGAGGCCGGCCGAUGACGGCACAACCAACGUCGUUAUCCCCCCGCCGAACCCGGGGGUGCCAGAGAGCGCGCUGGGUUGCCUCACGGGCGGUGGCGAUGUGCGGAGGGGUGUUUCCGAGCCCGUCCAUCCUCAAACGCUGGCGGCAGUGGCGGUGGCUGAGGUGGUCGAAGACAAGGAGGGCGUGACGACGAGCAGCAGGGCGGCGGUGGCCAGCGCACCUCAACCAGUUGCCAGUCGCAAGAACGGCGCGGCAGCUUCUCCUAUUAUGCCACAGCACCUCGUCAGUCAGAGCCCCGGCGCGAUGCUAUUCUGUCGCCACUGCCGCCUGUUUCUGGCGCCGCAUCAGGUCAGCGUGACGAACCACCUGCAGAGCGAGGGCCACCAGAGCUGUCUGGGCUCGCCGAUGGCCACUGGACCGACGUAUACUCAAUUUGGCAAGUUGGUGCAGAAGAUGCCGUCCUUCAUUGGGCCGGUGACGGUCGUGUCUGAAGAGCAGAAGCGGCGCGAGGCGGCGGCGGGCAACGCAUUCUUUGAGAGUGGAUUUGAUAUUGUGCACUCCACCUGUACGAUUUGCCAGGAGGCCGUCACAACACAAAGCUAUAAGGUGCAUGAGUCGCUGGCAACGCACCGGCGACGGGCGGCGGAAGCAAAGGAGGACGGCACUGCGUAG